AUGUCCGACGAUGUCCUGGCCCCGAGCCAGGCCGACACCGUCGUGGAAUCCGCUGCCCCUUCCGCGCGCCCCAAACGGACGCCAAAGUUCUCCGACUACCUUCGCGUCUUCAGCUACGCGACAAAAUGGGACUUUUGCACCUACGCAAUCGCAUCCAUCGCCUCUAUCGGCGCAGGUGUGACACUUCCCCUGAUGACUAUCAUUUUCGGCCAGCUCGUCGAUGACUUUACCGACUACUUUCGAGAAUCCACAAUGAUGUCGCCCGAUGAUCUGCACGCCAUCUUAAACAAGCAGGCCCUCUACAUCAUGGCCCUCUUCCUCGGCCGCUGGGCUCUCAACACCAUCAACAAGUUCUGCUUCCGAAUGAUCGGCAUCCGCCUGUCGUCCGCCGUACGUCUCCACUACCUGCGCUCCCUCUUCGCGCAGUCGAUCCACGUCAUCGAUACCAUGCCGCCCGGAGCCCCGGCGACCGCCAUCACCACAACUUCGAAUACCCUACAGCUGGGCAUCUCCGAACGGCUCGGUACCUUCCUCGAAUACAACGGCACCAUCUGGGCUGCGUUCAUUGUCGCCUUUGUCUGGAGCUGGAAUAUCACCCUCGUGACCUGCUCGUUGAUCAUCUACACGGUGGUCGUCUUGUCGGUGUUUUUGCCUUCGCUGGUCAAGUACCAGACCGCCAUGGGAGAGGCGGAUACCCAGAGCAACGCCAUCGCCAGUGAGGCACUGGGAGGGAUCCAGCUCGUCGUGGCUUGCGGCGCACAGUCUCGCGUGAUGACUCGCUAUGAGACGUGGGUUCGUGAGUCGUUGAAGCGGGCGAUGAAGAUGACUAUGCCAGCCAGUCUUCAGUUCGGUUUAACGUUCUUCGGUGUCAUGGGCGCUUUCGGCCUCGCAUUCUGGUACGGUAUCCAGAGAUAUAUAAAAGGCGCCAUCACCAACCCCGGCGUCGUCAUCAUCGUGCUCAUGUCCGUCAUGAUGAUCCUCACCUCCUUGGAGCGCGUCGCGACUCCCUUGAUGGCUGUUAGCAGCGCCAUGGUUGCCGCCUGCCAGUUCUUCACCGUCAUCGACGCCCCAUUGCCCUCAUCGGGAUCCGAAAAGCCGGACAUCACCUCGGAUAAUGAUCUAGUAUUCGAAGGCGUGACUUUUGCGUACCCGAGUCGGCCUAACGUCAAAGUCCUCGACGAUGCGAGCUUCCGUAUUCGAUCGGGUCAGAACACAGCCAUUGUCGGUCCAUCUGGUUCGGGUAAGAGCACCAUCGUGGGUCUGCUGGAGCGUUGGUACUCCUUGAGGGAGCAACAUGUCCUGCCUGAAGUGGUUGAGGCCAAGCCGUCGGAUAAGGAGAAGAAGACGAAGGGAAAGCAGUCAGAGGCAGACAACGAGAAAAAUGACAAUAACAACGAGGAGCCAUCUGCUCCUGCCAAGCCUCAGCUCUCUGGUUCUAUCAAGGUCGGCGGCCACGAUCUUGAAACCCUUGAUCUUACCUGGUGGAGGGCCCAGAUCGGUCUCGUCCAGCAAGAACCCUUUCUCUUCAACGAUACCAUCUUUGGCAACGUCGCAAAUGGCUUGAUCGGCACCGCUUGGGCGGACGUGCCUGAGGAGCGCAAGCGGGAAAUGGUUAAAGAGGCGUGUGAGGAAGCCUACGCCCACGAGUUCAUCAGUCGUCUCCCGGACGGAUACGAAACACGCGUUGGCGACGGCGGCGCCAAGUUAUCAGGCGGCCAGAAACAGCGCCUCGCCAUCGCCCGAACCAUCAUCAAAAACCCCCGAAUCAUGAUUCUCGACGAAGCCACCAGCGCAAUGGACACCCGGAGCGAAAAGAUCGUCCAGGCCGCCCUCGACCGAGUCACGCAAAACCGCACAACCAUCACCAUCGCCCACCGCCUCUCCACCAUCAAGAAGGCCGACCAUAUUAUUGUCCUGCAAAAGGGUCGGGCUGUCGAGGAAGGCACUCACGAAAGCCUCAUGGCAAGGCCGUUGGGGGUUUAUAGCCAGUUGGUCAACGCCCAGUCACUGCGUCUCGCAGGUGCUGCGGGCGGAGAGGCUGACGAUGUCACACCUGUGGCUACGCCUGAUGAGCAGCCUGGAAAGCUUCUCUACGAUAACGAUAAGAUGGCAGACCCAGAGCAGCCGAGUCCUCCAUCUACCGACGGCGGCGCACCGGAAAAGAAACCCCGCAGCCUCAUGCAAAGUUUCGGUAAAGCCCUGUACAUGGAACGAGCGCAAUGGCCCUUCUACAUGGCCCUUGUCGUGGCUGCCAUGGCCAUGGCGGCCGGUACCCCCAUCCAAGCCUGGCUCUUCGCCAAAGUCGUUGGCGUCUUCCUACUACCAAAUGAAGAUGAAAUGGAUAGAGAAGGCGACUUCUGGGGCUUGAUGUGGCUUGCCUUGGCCGUGGGUGUUGGUCUAUCCUACUUCGCGGCGGGUUGGCUCAGCCUACGCACUCAAUAUUUCAUCAGCGCUGUUUACAGGACCAAGUACUUCGGCGCGAUGCUUCGGCAAAAAGUCGCGUUCUUUGACGAGGACGACAACUCGCAUGGUUCGCUGAGUGCGCGGGUAUCGGGUGACGCUAAGCAGCUGGAAGAGCUCCUUGGUUUGAAUCUCGCUUUCAUGCUCUCCGGCAUUUUCACCGUCAUUGGCUGCGUCAUUCUUGCCCUCGUCUUUGGAUGGCAGCUGGGUUUGGUCGCUACAUUCAUCACCAUGCCAAUCAUGCUCUCUUCGGGGUACUGGCGCUACAGGCACGAAAUGCUCUUCGACAAGAUGAACGCCGCCGUCUUCGCAGAGAGCUCCCAAUUCGCCACCGAGGCCCUAGGCGCCAUCCGAACAGUCUCUUCGCUCACCAUGGAAUCCGCAAUCAACGACCGGUACGAGAAACUCCUCAAUGGCCACGUCCGCGAAGCCUUCAAGCGGUCGCGCUGGACGUCCAUCGUCUUCGGCUUCACCGCCAGCUCCAGCCUGGGAUGCCAAGCCCUUAUCUUCUGGUACGGCGGCCGACUGCUCGCCAGCGGCUCCUACACGCUCGAGGCCUUUUUGGUUUGCUUCAUGGCGGCCAUCCAAGGCGCCGAGGGCGCGAGUCAGUCGAUAGCCAUUGCACCCAGCGCCGCGCAGGCAAAAGCGGCGGCGAAUCGUAUUCUGGACGUGCUGGAUGCUGCGGAUGAUGAGGAGGCGGCACGACGGGCGUGCGGAGGGAAGAUCUCGGAGGCGGGUGGCGGUGUUCGCAUUGAGUUGCGCGAUGUGCACUUCAAGUACCCCACGAGGGACGUCGACGUUUUCCGAGGCUUAAAUCUUGAAAUUGAGAAGGGCCAGUUUGCAGCUUUCGUCGGGCCCUCUGGGUGUGGCAAGACAACCAUAAUUGCCCUCUUGGAGCGAUUCUACGACCUCGAACAGGGUAAAGGCGAGAUCCUAUUCAACGGCACAAACAUCAAAGACGUCGACGUAUACGACUACCGCGAUAACCUGUCCCUCGUGUCCCAGGAGCCGACCCUCUUCCGCGGAACAGUCCGCGACAACAUCCUCAUGGGAGUCCCCGAUCCGGACUCCAUCUCGGACGAGAGAAUCCAUCAGGUCUGCCGCGACGCCUUCAUCCACGACUUCAUCGUCUCUCUCCCCGAAGGCUACGACACCGAUGUGGGCCACAAGGGCCUCUCCAUGUCCGGAGGGCAAAAGCAGAGGAUUGCCAUUGCGCGAGCCCUGAUUCGCGAUCCGAAGGUCCUUCUCCUCGACGAGGCCACGUCGGCUUUGGAUUCCGAGUCUGAAAAGGUGGUGCAGGCAGCGCUCGAAAAGGCGCGCAGCGGGAGGACCAUGAUCGCUGUUGCUCAUCGGCUGUCGACUAUUCAGAAUGCCGAUGUUAUCUUUGUGUUUGACAACGGGGCAGUGGUGGAGAGGGGUACGCAUGAUGAUCUUCUUGGGAAGCAGGGUGUUUACUGGGGCAUGUGUCAGAGUCAAGCCCUGGAUCACUGA